AUGUCUUCAUUAGAUGCAUCAAAGCUAUUCUCAGUCCAUGGCCUUGUAGCGGUCGUGACUGGUGGUGGGACGGGUAUUGGACUGAUGAUCGCUCGAGCUCUUGAGCACAAUGGUGCCAAAGUCUACAUCCUGGGUAGGCGCGAGGACGUGUUGAAGACUGCAGCCAAGCAAAAUGCGAUCCAUGGUAAUAUAGUACCUGUCGUGGCGGAUGUGACUGACAAGGCAUCUCUGGAAGUUGUCGUGUCACGUAUCAGCGAGGAGACAGGAUACAUUAACCUUCUGGUCAACAAUGCUGGUACUCUUGGUCGUAGACACAACGCCAUCAAUCGACCCCCACCUUUUGGUAACCUGCCAGGCCAAUUUGUUCAUGCCAAUGGCGAGGACGACCUUAGUACGGUCGACGGCAUUCGCGAUUUUCUUUGGAAAGAUGAAGUUUCCGACUGGGACAACACAUUCCGGACGAAUGUCAGUGGCAUUUGGUUCCCCAGUAUUGCUUUCUUGAGUCUUCUCAACAAGGGCAAUGAGAAGCAAAAUGUUGUGCAAAAAAGCCAGAUUGUGACAAUUGGAAGCGUUGGGGCUUUUAUCAGGCUCCUGGGUACAUCAUUCACCUACAACCCUAGCAAAGCGGCUGCAAACCAUCUUGCGAAGAUGAUGGCUACAAACUUUGUGCAAUGGGGGAUUAGAUCCAACGUUAUUGCCCCGGGUAUCUUUCCAUCCGAGAUGUCAGUCGGACAGGGAAAGCUAGAUGAGAACAACAAGAACCAUAUUCCGAUGGCUAUUCCCGUCGAAGAGAUUCCCUUGGGCAAAGCGGGAGAUGAAGAAGACAUAGCAGCCGCAAUACUCUUCUUGGCGGGUAAGGGAGGUAAAUAUGUGAAUGGAAAUGUUGUUGUCACUGAUGGUGGACGCCUGGGGAUCGGGCCUGCAGUUUAUUGAUCUUUUGAAAGAUAGCACCAGUAAAAUUGAGUUGGGC